AUGAACGUUCUAACCCUAACGAUCGUGUUGAAAGACACCUUCUUUCGUAGAUGCCUCGGCCUCGUUACAUCGUCACCCACCAUCGUUUCAAGCGGCGAGACAGGCAGCAGGGGAGCCGAGGAGGAGAGUGGUGAAGACAACGACAAGCUGCGACGCGGAAGCGACGCACAGUUGAACGCAGCAUCUGCAGAAGGGAAAUCGUCGACAUCGGAGCACGACGAUAUGCAAGCGUCUCUACAGAAUCCGCUUGUCGAGGACGAAUCAGCGGAUGUGGAAGGGAUGAUGGCAGCUGUUGGAGGAACGGCCGUGGAAGGGGCGACUAUGCGGGAAGCGGAUGUGGGGAGAGCGGAUGUGGGGGGUGAGGAUGUCACGGGGUGA